AUGCCCCGGAACGCCCCCGCCGAGACCCCGCCCUGGCCCAGCCAUGCCUCUGCCCAGGGCAUCACGCCCCCUUGUCCUAUUCCAGAGACAGAGACUGGUGGAAAGCAACCUCAGGCGAUACUACCAAGCUUCCUGGGCACUCGUCCUGUUGAGUGGACACCUUUAUUGACUACCAGACUGGAGAAAGUAUCUGGAGAGACAGUUUCCAGGAUCCGACAGGUGUCCGUCCUGGAGAAAGAGCAGUCUUUGGCACCAGGACUCCCAGAACUCCAAAACCUCCAGACAAACUCAGCAAACUCGUCGAUUACCAGCAAGGUCCAGGGAGAAGUUAAGCUGACCAAUGCUUCAUCCUGUCAGCCGAACACAUCUGUGGGCGGCCCAGAGACGGUCAUCGUACCAGUGCUGUUUGGGUUGAUCUUCCUCCUGGGCAUGGUGGGGAACACGCUGGUGUUGGUUGUCCUAGGGCGGCUCCGGCCAGGAGGGCGCCCCUCACGCAGUGCCACCAAUAUCUUCAUCCUCAACCUAACUAUUGCCGACUUCUCCUUCCUGAUCUUCUGCGUCCCCUUCCAGGCGACCAUCUAUUCCCUGCCGGAGUGGGUCUUUGGCGCUUUCUUCUGCAAGUGGGUGCACUACCUGGCCAUGGCCACCAUGCUGGUCAGCAUAUUCACCCUGGUGGCCAUGUCAGUGGACAGAUACAUUGCCGUGGUGCAUGCCAAGCGCUCGCUAUGUAUCCGCAGCAAGCGGAAUGCCGCCAUGGGCGUGGCUGUCAUCUGGGUCCUCUCCUUGCUCUUUGCCAUCCCCGUGGCUCAACACCAGGUCCUUGUGAGCGGGCACUACCAGGCACCAAACAGCUCCUUCUGCUGGGAACAGUGGGCUGGAAAGUCUGCCGCAAAACAGAUCUACAAGGUUACCAUCCUGGUCGUAGGCUACCUGCUGCCCCUGAUGCUCAUCACUUGUUGUUAUGCAAAGGUUUUGUAUCAUCUUCAUAAGAAAGUGAAGAAUAUCUCAAGGAUGACGGUGAGAUCAAAGAGAAAGACGGCACAAACUGUGCUACUUGUGGUUGCCGUGUUCCUGAUCUCCUGGCUACCGCACCAUAUCAUCACCAUGUGGGCAGAGUUCGGGCAUUUCCCACUGAACAAUAUCACCUUCACCUUCCGAAUAAUCUCCCACUGCUUAGCCUACGGGAACUCUUGCAUCAACCCCAUCAUCUACGCUUUCUUGUCUGAGAAUUUCCGCAAAGCCUGCCGGCAAGUCUUCGCAUGCAAACUCCUCCUUCAGCCAGCCCCUGCGCAGAAGCUGGUGAGGAUUCGCAUGGAGAACUUCUCCACCACCCACACGACAACUAAUGUGUGAGCAGGCGCUGGAACGAGACAGGACGUCGCAGGAAGAACAAACAGAAGAGCAUGUAAAGGUGUGGAGAAACUCCGCACACAGAAACCAAAUAGUUUAGGGAAAGCAGACUUGAUCGGGAGAGUUCUUCGUGUUGAUCGUGGUCAUAUGAACCAUCCAUUUGCCAUCACCAAUGCUGGUUAGGCAGUUGUGCACACAGCCAGCAAAACAGUAGCUUAAGAACAUUCUGAGAUGUUUCUGAUGGAGCAUGGAAGAAAAGCCAUUUGAGUCUCCCUUGGGAGACUGAGACAUGACCAUUUACAGACAAUUGUGAAAGGUGAGGAUCAAUGGAAAAACAUCUCCAAGGGUGAAAUGGGAUCAGUUUGUAGAGAUAACAAACAAAGGGAAGGUUGGGCGGUGGGAAGGGAUACCUUUGGAACCUGAACAACAUUUCUUCAAAUUGCUGCCCAGGUCUUCUGAAGUGAGGUCCUCCUUCAGCACUACAACCAUAUUGUUUCGUUUGUCGAAGGCAUUGUUCAUCACCCCGGUGAUUGCGACCGUGAAAGCCUUCAACAAUGCAUUGUUCAUUCCCAGCAGCUGUGUCCUCUGUGUUGAAAACAAAUUGAACUCUGUCCCUUGGAAAGCUGGAUGGGGCAUCCUUCAUUGACAAAUUGAGAGUUUCUGUAUUC